UUAAUGAAAAGAGAGAGCCUACUUCUAACGUUAUUUCUCCUUUUCUUGUUUCUUUCAAAUAUUAAACAUCUAUUCAUUUCGGUUGAGAUGGAAUACAUCACAGAGCUCUCUUUCAAUGGACAGAAAACCGAAGAUAACCCUUUGACACUCUUUGGUUCGACUGUCAUUAACAAUCAACAAAACCAAAUACCUCAAGAGUUUGUAUGGCCGGAGGAUAAGAAACCCUCUGCUAACGUUCCGAUUCUCCAGAUCCCCCUCAUCGACCUCGCCGGUGUCCUCUCCGGCGACCAGUUCUUGGUCUCGGAGGCAACAAGACUCGUGGCAGAAGGGGCAAAACAACAUGGUUUCUUCCUGGUCACCAACCAUGGAGUCGAUGAGGGACUCAUGUCUAGUGCAUGUACACUAAUGGACAGUUUCUUUAAGUCACCGACUUGUGAGAAACAAAAGGCUCAGAGGAACCAUGACGAAAGCUGGGGUUACACUAGUAGCUUUGUAGGAAAAUUCAAGAAGAAUCUCCCCUGGAAGGAAAUGCUGUCGUUUAGGUUCUCCCCACAGGAAAAGAGCGAGAAUCAUUCCCAAAUCGUUAAAGACUUCAUUAUUAAGAAAAUGGGAUACGGAUACAACGAUUUUGGGAGUGUUUAUCAAGAAUACGCGCAGGCCAUGAGCAAUCUCUCACUAAGGAUCAUGGAGCUUCUUGCAAUGAGUCUUGGAAUCAAAAGGAGCCAUUUUGUAGAGUUUUUCGAAGACAACGAAUCCAUAUUGAGAUUGAAUUACUACCCAAAGUGCAAGCAACCGUAUGAUGUAUUAGGGUCAGGACCACAUUGCGAUCCAACCUCUCUAACCAUACUUCAACAAGACAACAGUGGUCUUCAAGUUUUCGUGGACAACCAGUGGCAAUCAAUCCCUUAUAACCCCCAAGCGUUGGUGGUUAACAUUGGCGACACUUUCAGGGCUCUAACCAACGGAAGAUACAAGAGUUGCUUGCAUCGAGCGGUAGUAAAUAGCCAAACCGAAAGAAAGACACUCGUAUUUUUCCUAUCUCCGCGAAUGGACAAAGUGGUGAAGCCACCAGAAGAAUUAGAAGGCGAAAGAGCGUAUCCUGAUUUUACAUGGUCUUUGCUUCAUGAGUUCGUAAUGAAACAUUAUAGAACAGACGAGAACACGCUCAAAGAGUUCACAAAAUGGCUCAAGACCAGAAGAAUUUUCUUAUGAAGAAUCGUGGCAAUUAAAAAAGAAAAGUUGAAGCGUUGAAAGUGACCUUAUAUGUUUUUUUUUGUAUAAAGAUGUUAGACA